AUGACUACAGGAUGUAAAAGUGGAUAUGGAGAACUGGGCAGUUUGCGCCUGGAAAUGAUGUGGAGUCAUUGGUUCGCCUGGACGGUUUUGGGUUUGUCACGUGAGAAGGUGGCAACUUACUGGCGACGACUUUAUGUGGGCUACAGUAUCCUGAUUAAUCUAUUGGUGACCAUUGGUUAUCCUCUACACUUGGGUUUGGCCUUGUUUAGGAGUCCCACCCAAACGGAGAAUGUCUUGAAUUUAACUAUAUUUGUCACCUGUUUCACCUGUGCAUUGAAAUUUAUGAUUUAUUCAUACAACAUCGGAAAGGUCAGUGAGAUUGAGAGACUUUUAGUAAAGAUGGACAUGCGUGUGAGUGCAUCCGGAGGUCAGAUAAUAAUCUACAAACAGCUAAGACGCAACCAACGUAUGCUCCUGUAUCUCUUUAUGGGAAUCUACUUACCCGUCGGCAUGUUUGCUGAAUUGGGAUUCAUAUUUCAGAAACAGAGAGCCCUCCUAUAUCCCGCUUGGUUUCCCUUCGAGUGGGUGAACUCCACAAGAAAUUUCUAUAUAGCCAAUGUCUAUCAGAUUGUAGGCAUUUCGUAUCUUUUAUUGCAAUACUAUGUAAACGAUUGCUUUCCACCUGUUAAUUUGAAGUACGUAGUACAUUUUUCAGAAUAG